AUGGUUGAGAUUAAUUGCGAGACGGAUUUCGUUGGGAGGAACGAGUUGUUUGGGAAGUUGGUGUCGGAUAUUGCACAUACGACUGCGUUUCAUGCAGAGGCUCCUGAGGACUUUCAGGAAAACCCGAAGUUGCUUCGACCGUUCCCUUUAGAAUCUCUCCUCGAUGCACCGUUAAUGCAGAAGAACUCACCUUCUGAGUUGUCUUCGACGGCUACUGUUAGCUCCGCCAUCCGUGACACAAUCGCCAAAGUCGGCGAAAACAUCUCCCUUCGACGCGCGAUUAGCGUCGUUCUCCCCCCAGCUCCCGAGUCCGUACAAGCAGGUAUCCGGGUCGCUUCAUACGUCCAUGGGACCACAACAGACCCAACACGAGGCCGUAUGGGCACUCUCGCACUCACUUACCUCAAAACUCCCAACCUCAAGGAAGUCUUCGCGAAAGAAGGCUUCCUCUCUGACCUCGAGAAACUCGAACGCGCUCUCGCGCGUCAGAUCGUCGGGUACGACACUCGGUCUAUUCGACUAGUCAACGGUAGCCCUGAAACCGUAUUAUAUGAACAACCGUUCGCUUUGUUUCCUGGAGAGUUUGCUGGACAACCUGUGAAGAACGUCUUACAGUUGUGGGCGGAGCAGAAGGGGUUGUUUGAUAAGAAUGCGGUGGAGGAGUAUCAGGGGAUUGCUGUUAGUGAGUUCGCGAGGUGGACGGUUGGUGAGGAUAUGUCGGAAGACUCGGUGGUUUCUGCAUUAGCAGAUGAGAUGGCCAGCAUUGAGCCGGAGUCGCAGCCAAAAAGCUAA